AUGCGAUUGUUAUCAGCUUUUCUGGCUACCCUUUUGGCUGUCUCGGCGAAAAGUAAAUACAUUGUCCCCGGGGGUAGAUGGCGCGACACAAAUGGGAACUUCAUUAAUGCGCACGGUGCCGGGAUUACCUUCGACCAGAAGUCCGGCCUUUUCUGGUGGUUCGGCGAACAUAAAACAGAAGAGGAGCCAGAAGGCGGAGGUGUCUCUGUUUAUAGUUCGGAUGAUCUGAGUACCUGGAAAUCGGGGGGACUGGCCUUAGCCCCAAUCAAGGGACACCCACAUAUCGCUCCUGGUGGCGUGAUCCAACGACCUAAAGUGGCUUACAGCCCCGAGACUGAGGAUUAUCAUAUGUGGUGGCAUGCAGACAAUUCGACGUACGGGCUCCUUCUCCAAGGCCACGCAGUAUCCUCCACAAUCGACGGCCCGUACAAUUUCGUUGACGCAACAGCGCCCCUUGGAAACUGGUCCCAGGAUUUCGGCUUGUUCACUGACUACAAAGACGGCCGAUCAUAUGCUCUCUACUCGAACGGGGAUAGUCGAGAAGGACGAGAUGUGUAUAUCUCAAGCAUGAAUAAUAACCUCACAGCUCUCGAAAAGGCCGUGUACCGAUUUCCAAAAUUCGAUCUUGAGGCUCCAACUAUCAUGCAGACAGAGAAAAGCUACUGGGCACUUAUGAGCCACAAAACUGGAUAUAGACCAAAUAAUGUGGUGGCGUUUCGGGCUGACUCACUAAGUGGUCCCUGGUCACAGCCGUUUAUCGUCGCCCCGUUGAAUACGCGGACUUUCAACUCGCAGUCUGGAUACACGCUCAGAAUCGAGGGUACAAAAAGGACAACGCACCUAUACAUCGGAGAUCAAUGGGAUUCCAAUUCCGUCUGGGACAGUCGUUAUAUCUGGUUGCCAAUUCAGAUUGAUGAGUCUAAGAAGACUCUUGAGUUAGAGUGGCACGAUAUUUAUGAUCUUGACGUGAAAACCGGGGACUGGAAACCUGUCAAGGGAACAACAUACACUGCCAAAGAGGCAAGGACGCACGGUGAUACAUAUAAGCAGGAGGCUAACUUUGCUACCGAUGGCGUGAUCCUCACUGGAAUAUACGGAAACGACAGCACUGUUACAUUUGAAAAUAUUGAGGGAUCUGGAAAAGCGCAAUGGGUAUCAUUCUAUUAUGAAAACACUGACGACUUGGGUUUCGGCGAUCAACCUGGAGGCAGCCCUGACAGAAUCGGUGGUUCAUGGCAGCUACGUCGAAUUAGCAGCGUGGUGGUCAACGGAGACCCUUUGAGCAUGCAAACUCUAUACCAACGAGAUACACACAAAGGUGUCAUUCUUUCCACUCCCCUGCAGCUGACACUGGACAAGGGGAAGAAGAAUACUAUCACAGUCGGGGGACUAUAUAACGGGUUUGAUUACAAAGGUGCGGAUUUGGAUCGGAUAGUUGUGUAUCCUACCGAGGGGUAA